AUGGAAUCAUACCAACAGAUGUUAGUUUCUUCUUUCCUUGAAAUCGCCAUAGAUCAAACUGCCGAUACUGCUCGUCAAUUUCUUCAGACAACAAGCUGGAAUCUUGAGGAAGCAAUUCAACUUUUCUACAAUAAUGAACUUGUCAAUAAUCCUAGCUUAAAUGGAGCUGCAGACAACAGCUCAGGACAAUACAUCGGAGAUGAUGACGAUGACGAUGAUGAUGAUGAUGAUGUACGGCCGCCUUUACGCGUACAAAGGGAAGUUACUUAUGGUCAUAAUAAUACACUACAAUAUAAUAGUAAUGGUUCGUCACACAACUUUGACGAUGAAAUAUUGAAUCGUCCUGGAGAUGUUUGGAGGGUAGAGGAACGAGACGAUAAUCUUGCUUCUAUGUAUCGUCCAUCCUUUGCUUUGAUAUACAAUGGGCGUUUUAACAGCGCGAUUGAUACUGCAAAAACACAGAACAAAUGGCUGUUAGUGAACAUGCAAUCCAUGCAAGAAUUCACGUCACAUAUGCUAAACAGAGAUACUUGGGCUAACGAUUAUGUUGCUCGGAUUAUAAAAAAGAAUUUUAUUUUCUGGCAAGUAAAUGAUGAUACUGAAGAAGGCCAAAAAGUUUGCACGUACUAUAAAUUAAAUUCUUUGCCUGUUAUAUUAGUAAUUGAUCCUAUAACAGGUCAAAAAAUGCAUUUUUGGAAUAGAAUGGUUCAGCCUGAAAAUUUACUAGAGGAUAUUACAUCUUUUAUUGAUCUUAGCCCCUCAGAAUAUCAUGCUAAUUUAUUGAAUAACCGAUCUAGGAAAAAUCCUCGCGAUGAAAUUAAAGAAGAUGAAGUCAUACAACAGAGUAAUGAAAUCAAAGAAGAAGUAAUGAAGAUUUAUUAUCCUCCUCUACCUGAAGAACCAAAAGGGGAUAAGAACUUAAUCUGCAGAGUUGCGAUUCGCCUUCCUGAUGGACGUAGAAUUCUGAGGAAUUUCUUGAAAAUUGAUUCGAUUAAGUUGUUAUGGUCUUGUUGUUGUGUUGAGUUUGAGGAAGCAGAGACAAGACCAUUUCGAUUCAGACAAGUUAUUCCAGGGAAAGUGAAGUUUUUAGAGUAUGAUAGUAACUUAAAUUUUGACCAUUGA